CGACCGGAAGCCUUGCAAUCGUUGCAGCUAAAGCUAACUACAUACACUGUGUUCCUCGCUGUAAAAAACGAAAUCGUUCGUUUAAAUGUGUUGACAUUGGUCCUGCUGGUGUAGAGGUGGUCUACGAGUUGGCCUAAGAAAACAGGUUGACUCUCCCGGUGAACGUGAUCACUCGUGUGUGUGUGUGUGUGUGUGUGUGUCACCUUGGCUGUGGUCCUCAGUCCUCUCCUCAGUCUCUCUGGGUGUGGAUAAUACUGGCUCUGUGCCAGUCCUCUGUAGAUGAAGAUGUCCCUGGCCCAGCGAGUGCUCCUCUCCUGGAUCUUUGCCCUGAUCUUCCUCAUAAUGCUGGUCCUCAAGCUGGACUCCAAGAUCCACUGGAACUGGUUCCUCAUCUUCCUCCCUGUCUGGACCUUUGACACCAUCCUCAUCCUCAUGCUGAUAGUGAAGAUGGCGGGGCGCUGCAAGCCAGACUUUGACCCCAGGGACGGCGAGCAGAGCCUGAAGAGGAGGCUGUGGUACCUGACAGCCCUGCUGCUGAAGCUGGCCUUCUGCCUGACACUGUGCUCCCGCCUAGAGAGGCUCACCGACAUGUGGGUCAGUGUGGUGUGCGUCCCUCUGUGGGUGCUGCUGGGUGGGGCGCUGGUCGAGCUGGGACACAGUGUUUUCCAUAACAGGAGGGACUGAACCGGAGGGCUCUGCAGUACUUGAACUGUAAUGUAGGGGACAAAAACUUUUUACACUCGAGCGUCUCUAGCUGUGGAUGCACCAAUCCAAUCCCAUGGAUUGGUAUCGGAGCCAACACUGACCUGAUUAAGCAGAUUGUGCAUCAGCCAGACAUGACUGAUUCACACUGAAUGCCGUGUCUUUGUCAGUGUCAUUAUGAAAUUCACUUUUUCUGCUAUAAGCUGCAAAAGUUACAGCAGGUUGUCACUUCACCAGGCUCCAGUGAGUUCUACACGGUGUGGUGUACAGGUUUUAAUUAUGAGAAGAAGAGAGCAUUGCAUUCUUUUGCCGUUCACAUUAUUGUCUUCUGGCUUGUCUUUAGGCAACGGUAGAAAAAGAAAUGGUGAACUGUGAUUCAAAAUGUGUAUACCGGCUCUUUGCUACAGUAAAUGUUGCUCUACAGUUCACCUCCUCACUUAUUUUGGGGCAGAGCGCACAAAUGUACACACAAAUGCCGUAAUGUCUAAUGUGGUGUAACACUGACACGAGCGGUGUACUGACAGCAUGAAAUUACCCAACCUGCACUAGCAUGCACUGUGCUCCACUGAGCCAUAUAAUACCCGUUUGUGGAAUCACUGUUUCAAAGUAUAAUCACUAUUUGAGCAUUUCUGUAAAGCAGCAAGAAAUCUCACGACUUCAGUUUGUCAUUACCCUUUCCCAGGAUGUCUCUCUGCCACUGACUCAGUUUGAAUGUAAAUUCAGAACUUUUUCUAGCUAUAUGGAUUAAAAAUGUCCUCUGCACUGUUCAUAACAUAUUUUCAUGUAAAAAAAAUUGUAGUUUACAUCCUUGUGAAUGCAAAAUAUAUACAAUACUCCUGGAUCAAUGGCCAUGCUGUUCCCUAAAUUAGCGGGGUUUAUCCUCCGUGUGGUUGCAUUUUAGGUCAUCUCAGACUCGCCUGGUCAAGCACAGCUCAACACUGUCAGACUCAGCUGUCUUCAGUGUAAACUGUUCUAGGUCAUGCCUCGACAUCAGUCAAGCUUGAGUUGCACUUCAUCUUUUGUCAAUUAUAUUGCAUUAGUUUGGCAGACACUGUAAGUCACUAUGGACAAACCUAAGUGCAACCUGUUUUCAAAUAGACCUCUUAUUCAGAAAACCUGUGUUUUUCCUCCAUGACAAGCCAAAAUGUCUGAUGUGACAUAGGCCUGAAUCCAACAUGAUAUUUUAACAUGCUUGGAGUGCGCUAGAUAGCAUAAUGACAUCUCUUACGUUAGCAAUCUAUUUUAGCAUCAAAGUAAAAGUUCCCAUCAGGCUGAUGGGAACUUUUACAGAUAUCAUGUCAUGGACUGAAGUGAUGAAGAAGUGGACAUCUUGGACUGACAGUCGAUCCAGUAGUUUUCAGUGCUGGACCAACGUCGUCAUCUCUAGACCCAAGCUGCUAAAGUAGCUAAAAAGACAAAUAUUGAAAACUUCGAUGAUAUGAAAUGCAGGAGAGACAUUAACAUCGACUAAGUCAAUAUUUUGAACCAUUUAUUGAGAGGUUCUGAUCAGAGUAUAAAUCACACUACCAAGUCUUAUCUUAGGAAAUAAAAUGUAUUUACAACAAAAUUUUCACAUACAUUGGUUUCAAAUAAAAAC